AUGAAACUCAUAUGCAAAUUUUUAUCUCAACAAACUGAAAUUGUUCUAUUAAAGAUGCGUGAAAUAGUACAUAUACAAGUUGGACAAUGUGGUAAUCAAAUCGGGUCAAAAUUUUGGGAAGUGAUUUCUGAUGAACAUGGAAUCGAUCCUACGGGAAAUUAUACAGGUGAAUCUAAUUUACAGCUGGAACGAAUUACAGUGUACUACAAUGAAUCGUCUUCUCAAAAAUAUGUUCCGCGUGCAAUAUUAGUAGACCUGGAACCAGGAACAAUGGAUAGUGUUCGUACAGGUCCAUUCGGAAAAUUAUUUCGUCCAGACAACUUUGUAUUUGGACAAAGUGGUGCAGGAAACAACUGGGCUAAAGGUCAUUAUACUGAAGGUGCCGAACUUGUAGAUUCAGUAUUAGAUGUGAUGCGUAAGGAGGCAGAGAACACGGAUUCUCUUCAAGGUUUUCAAUUGACUCAUUCACUUGGUGGUGGAACUGGUUCAGGUUUGGGAACACUGUUGAUUUCGAAAAUUCGUGAAGAGUAUCCUGAUCGAAUAAUGAACACAUUUUCAGUUGUUCCAUCUCCUAAGGUGUCCGACACUGUUGUCGAGCCAUACAAUGCUACACUGUCUGUACAUCAACUUGUUGAGAAUACUGAUGAAACGUUCUGCAUCGACAAUGAAGCACUCUAUGACAUCUGCUUCAGAACACUCAAGUUAACCAACCCCACUUAUGGAGAUCUCAACCACUUGGUUAGUGCGACCAUGUCUGGAGUGACCACCUGCCUCAGAUUUCCUGGACAGCUGAAUGCCGAUCUACGGAAACUGGCGGUCAAUAUGGUCCCGUUUCCUCGAUUGCAUUUCUUCAUGCCAGGAUUUGCUCCGCUAACAAGUCGUGGCAGCCAACAGUAUCGUUCAUUAACUGUGCCUGAACUGACACAACAAAUGUUUGAUGCAAAGAAUAUGAUGGCUGCCUGUGAUCCUCGUCAUGGUCGUUACUUGACAGUGGCGGCGAUCUUCCGUGGUCGUAUGUCUAUGAAGGAGGUGGAUGAGCAGAUGUUGAAUGUGCAGAAUAAGAAUUCGAGUUAUUUUGUCGAGUGGAUCCCGAAUAAUGUGAAGACGGCAGUAUGUGACAUUCCUCCUCGUGGUUUGAAGAUGUCGGUGACUUUUAUUGGUAAUAGUACGGCAAUGCAAGUGUUAUUCAAGCGAAUUUGUGAACAGUUCAGUGCCAUGUUCCGUCGUAAAGCGUUUUUACAUUGGUAUACCAGUGAAGGGAUGGAUGAGAUGGAAUUUACUGAGGCUGAAUCAAAUAUGAAUGAUUUGGUAAGUGAAUAUCAACAAUAUCAAGAUGCAACGGUCGAUGACGAGAACGAUUCUGAUAUCGAAGGAAUAGAGGAAGCUUAG